UGGGUAUUUAAUGGAUAGCCUCUAGAGUCAGGGUUUCUUCAUAGUUCUAUGAGAAGAGAUUUCUGACCAUUUAGGGAUCAAAAUUUCCACCUUUUUAGGGGGAAGUCAUACUCUACAAGUAGCAAUAACUGUGAAACUUACCAACAGGCUUGUAAUAAAUUUACUGUUUGAUUCUGAAGAAAUAGGGCUAAAAUAUCAGCAUUUUAAACGAGAGUAACCAUAUUUUAGAUAAUUUGUAGAAUUAGCAAAUAGAAUUAGUGAAGACCACUCUGUUGUUAAAAUAUUCAGUGCCUCUGUAACUUAACUAGAAGAGACCGUCAAGCUAUAUGGCGUUAAUAAUAUUAAUCACAUUGUCACAUAUAGGCAGUUUUUAUAGGUGUUAUUGUGAAUGAUUAGUUACGGAAAAUUGAUUCUCUUAAUCUUGGAAAAAGUAAAAAGCACAAUCAUUAUAAAUCAAAAAGAAUUUUAAGGAUUCCUAUAGGAUAAAUGACAUUUUAUAUAAUCCCUACCAACGGCACUGAUCUUUAGAGCAUUGGUUAGUUUUGUGGCAGUUCAUAAAAUAAUAGAUAAUAGUUUUCAGAAGCAGUGGGGAAUCUCAAGAUGUGUGCAUCAAAAUCCUUCCAAUUUGUCAGAGUUUUGACACUUUAAUUCAAGAAAGUAAUUUAAUAAUAAAUCGCUUAUAAUCGCAGACUUGCCUGAUUUAUUGGUGAAUAAGUCCUAUUUUUUAUACAGAAUCUUAGUUAUAGCAAAAGAGUACCGGAACAAAUGAGUAACAUGGUGGGAAUUUUUGCCAAGAAUUCAUAGUUUAGUGGAUCUUGUGCUUAAGAGCCAUCAAGUUGGGCCGCUAGAAAGAUUAUUGUCAGAAUAGACAAUUUUUUAUUUCAAUUGAAUUAUUAUUUGUAAACUUAUUCUAGUAAAGGACUGAGAAUUUGGUUGCACUGCUGUUUUUUAAACUCGUUAGCUUAAGCUAAAUAUCCUCCCAAACUCUCUAGAAAUUUUUGAAGUGUUAGUUUUAAAGUUUUAGAAAGAUCCUCACCAAGAAAAAGAGUCUUGAAAGUUUUUUGUAAAUAAGAUUCAGAAUACCAUAGAUAGAAAUGUUCUAAUAGGUUUCAGGAGAUUAUCAUAUUAAAACUGUUUUCUGUCAAAAAUUAUUAGAUUUUAGAUUAAUUAAGUUAUUCCGAGCAUUUAGUCCUAAUUUUUUGGGCUUCUAGAGAUUGCUUUUCUCCAAGCCAGAGCCAUUUUAGAAGACAAAGCAUGACUCUCAGAGAAUUUUUUACCACUUGGCUUAGUGGCUCAAAAUUGGUUCAUAAGUCUUUUUGUGUGAUCUCGGGUUUUGCUCUGUGAAUAAGCAUUCGAGUUCUCAAUCUCUCUUUCAUUUCCAAAAGUACUAAACCCCAAUGAACCACUAUCAGAUCCAUUCUCAAGUUGGCUCUCUUCUUCAUGAAUAGUGUCAAGAUCAUGAAUAAAAGAAGUAGCCAUUGUUGUGCACUCGCCCUUAAUCUCCAUAUCUCUUGUAUCAUUUUUGGGACAGCCAUUGGUUUCUCUAUUAUCUUCAUCUUCAAUAAAGAAGAUACUUUCUUUAAAAUCAGAUUGCUCAAUGUAAGAGUUAGGGGAUGCUCCUGAUAA